AUGCGCAAUCCUUUCGAUUUGGAUGAGAACAGCGUGGACGGGGACUCGGAGCCCCCCACCGACGUUGAAUUCGAGGCCGACGUGCGCCCGCACCAGACGGACGACGGGGACCGCGCUCUACUGCAGGAUGAAGAACACCAUCCCUCCGAUUUAAAAGAGCGUUUCAUCGGCACAAUUGAUCAGGGCACAACGAGUACCCGCUUCAUCAUCUUCGACUGUACAGGCGUUCCAAUCGCCAAAUAUCAAACGGAAUUCCGUCAAAUCCACGAACAUCCAGGAUGGCACGAACAGGACCCGUAUGAAUUGGUUGAAUCGGUGUAUAUCUGCAUCGAGGAGGCGAUGAAAUCGUUCUUGGCCCUGGGUCACUCUCGAUCCGACAUUGAAGCGAUCGGCAUCACGAGUCAGCGAGAGACCGCCCUGGUCUGGGACUGGGAGACGGGCGAGCCCCUCCACAAUGCCAUCACUUGGACCGACACGCGGACGGUGAAUCUCGUGCGAGAAUUAAAAGAAAAGCCCGGUGCCGAUGAUUUGGUCAACAUCUGCGGUCUGCCCCUCUCGACCUACCCCUCCUCGGUGACGUUGCGCUGGAUGCUGGACAAUCUGCACGACGUCCGGGUGGCGUAUGAUGAGGGUCGUGCCGCCUUUGGAACGGUCGACUCCUGGCUCAUCUACAACCUCAACGGGGGACCUCGGAACAAGCGGCUGGUCACCGACGUGACCAACGCUUCACGAACCAUGUUUAUGAACCUCGAGACCUUGCAAUACGAUGAUCGCCUGCUCAAGUUCUUUGACAUUGAUCGCACCAAGAUCCGUCUCCCUGAAAUUCUGCCCUCGGCCGAUCGCGAAGGCUUCGGCGAGAUCUACGAGGGUCCGCUGGAAGGAACUCCGAUCACCAGCUGCCUGGGUGACCAGGCUGCCGCCCUCGUCGGCCACUGUGCCUUCACUCCCGGCUCGGCCAAGAACACCUACGGCACUGGCUGCUUCCUCCUCUACAAUGUGGGUGACAAGCCGGUCAUCUCCAAGCACGGCCUGCUGGGCACCGUGGGCUUCCAACUCGGUCGUGACCGGAAGCCUGUAUAUGCACUGGAAGGCAGUGUGGCCGUCGCCGGAAGCGGUGUCUCCUUCCUCAUGAACAACAUGGGCUUCUUCCGUGACUCCCGCAAGGUCAGUGAUCUGGCCGCCACCGUCCCCGACAGCGGUGGCUGUGUCUUUGUCACCGCGUUCAGUGGUCUGUUUGCUCCAUACUGGAUCGACGAUGCUCAAGGAACAAUCUGGGGCAUCACUCAUCACACACAGCGCGGUCACAUUGCCCGUGCGACCAUGGAAGCCGCCUGUUUCCAGACCAAGGCCAUCCUCGAUGCGAUGGAAAUGGACAGUGGCAAGAAGCUGACUGAAUUGGCGGUCGAUGGUGGCAUGAGUAAUUCCGACAUUUGUAUGCAGACUCAAGCCGACAUCAUUCAGAUCCCCGUCGAACGACCUGCGAUGCACGAGACGACGGCUCUUGGUGCGGCCAUCGCUGCUGCCUUUGCCAUCGGUGUCUGGAAGGACUUUUCCGACCUCAAACACAUGAACCGGGCCAACCGGGCCACUUUUGAGCCGCAAAUCACGGUCAAAGAAAGUGCCCGCAUGUACAAACGGUGGUCUAAGGCCGUUGAAAUGUCUCGCGGCUGGAUGAGAGACACUGCCGCCUUGGACGAUGACGUCGAAUAA